AUGCUCGCGUUUAAGUCUCUCGAGCCCCCGGGGGCCCCCCCGGGGGCCCCCCUGCUCUCGGAGUGGCUGGGGGCCCUGAGCAAGGAGCUAGGAGAAAGAGCAGAAGAAGACUAUAAGCUUUAUACUCGCAUACCCAAAACCCUCACCCUUCACUACUGUUCGGGGCCCCCAGCUAACCAGCGGUUUACUCGUUCUUGUCAGAUACCCUAUGCUAUUCCUCUUGGGGGCCCCCCACCUCAGCAGCAGCAGCUGCUGCAGCUCGCGCUGCAGCAGCUCAAGCGGCUGCAGCAGGAGCAGCAGACACGGGGGGCCCCCCUGUACCCUUGCCUAAGAGUAGCUCUCGGCCUAGGAGACUUCAUACAAACCAACGCAAAGGGGGGCCCCCUCGCUGCUCGCGGGGCCCUCCACUACUGUUCGGGGCCCCCAGCUAACCAGCGGUUUACUCGUUCUUGUCAGAUACCCUAUGCUAUUCCGCCCCCAGGGGCACCGGGGGGCCCCGAUGGGGGGCCCCCCAUCUCAGCAGCGGGAAGCCCAGGGGGGCCCCCGCUUGAUGAUACAGUGAGAGGCGACACGGGGGCCCCCGGGGGCCCUGGGGGCCCUAGGGGGCCCCCACAUGAUCAGAAAGGUACAGAGACACCCCCAGGGGCACCGGGGGGCCCCGAUGGGGGGCCCCCCAUCUCCGCAGCGGGAAACGCAGGGGGGCCCCCUCUUGAUGAUACAGUGAGAGGGGACACGGGGGCCCCCGGGGGCCCUGGGGGCCCUAGGGGGCCCCCACAUGAUCAGAAAGGUACAGAGACAGGGGGGCCCCCAACUGCUGCACCAGAAGUUGGGGUGUCUGAUGAUGAGCUGGAGAUGGUGAGAGAAGAGGGGGCCCCCAGCGCAUGCAAGAGGGGGGAGGGGGGGGGCCCCCGUGUACCCCCUGGGGGCCCCCCUUUAGGGCCUGGUGAGGGGGCCCCCUGCAUUUGUGUUUGCUCGCAAGCAGAAAGAGAAGAAGACACAGAUGGAGAAGUCGAGGUGUUAGAGGUGAUAGAUGUUUCUGCUGAGAUAGAUUCAGGUGUACAUACACCCCAAGAGAAAAAAAAAUAUGCGGGGCGCGGGGGGAUAGAUAUACAGACGCCACACCCCACGCAGCACAGAGCAGCAGCAGCAGCAGCAGCAGCUGCUGCUGCUGCUGCUGCAGCAGCAGCAGCAACGACAAAGCAGCAGAGAAGACAGCAACGUAGCGGCAGCAGCAGCAGCCAGAAAAGAGCAACAGCAUCGCAGCAAGACGGCCAGCUGAAGAUGGAUAGGGGGGGGAUAGAUAUACAGACGCCACACCCCACGCAGCACAGAGCAGCAGCAGCAGCAGCUGCUGCUGCUGCUGCUGCUGCAGCAGCAGCAGCAACGACAAAGCAGCAGAGAAGACAGCAACGCAGCGGCAGCAGCAGCAGCCAGAAAAGAGCAACAGCAUCGCAGCAAGACGGCCAGCUGAAGAUGGAUAGGUUCUUAACUAAAAAACAUAAACCCUAA